GAGUUCGUCUGAGAGUCAGUUUUGAAUGGAGAAAGGAAAGAUGAGGUAGAUAUAUACAUAUAUAUAUAUAUAUAGGUAGAUUUUGGGGUUUGAUUUUCUCAAAGCAUGCAAUAAUAUUGCAUGUGCUUCUAUCUGUUUCCUUUUUAAUUUGUGAAGAGGGGAGAGGAGACUGGGGACUGGAGACUGCUGCGUGUUAAUUCUGUUUACACUGAAAAACAGAUCUAGCUAGCUAGUAGAAAGAAACCAGAGCACAUGGAUAGGGAAGAGAGAGGAGGGGAUUCCAAAGGAUCAUCAGAUCAAUCUCUUCAAACCUCUGUUGAUUGGAGAGGGAGACCUUGCAAACCUAAUACACAUGGUGGAAUGACUGCUGCUCUUUUCAUUUUAGGACUUCAAGCGUUCGAGAUGAUGGCAAUUGCUGGUGUUGGGAAUAACCUGAUAACCUAUGUGUUCAAUGAGAUGCACUUUCCUUUGUCAAAGUCGGCAAACACGGUCACAAACUUUGUUGGCACUGUGUUUCUGCUAUCCCUCUUCGGUGGCUUCCUCUCCGAUUCUUAUCUCGGGAGCUUCUGGACCAUGCUCAUCUUUGGAUUCGUCGAGCUCUCAGGAUUCGUAUUACUGUCGAUUCAAGCCCAUGUUGCGGAACUUCGGCCUCCAAAGUGCAGCAUGGGUAGUCCAAGGGGUGGUUGCGAGGAAGCGAAAGGUUACAAGGCCUGGAUAUUCUAUGGGGCGCUCUACCUGGUGGCUUUGGGGAGCGGGUGUUUGAAGCCCAACAUUAUUUCUCAUGGAGCAGAUCAGUUCCCAAAGCACGACUCGAAGCAAUCCAAGAAGCUCUCCACUUUCUUCAACUCCGCAUAUUUCGCUUUCUGCACCGGUGAGCUUCUCGCCCUCACUCUUCUCGUGUGGGUUCAAACCCAUUCUGGCAUGGAUGUCGGCUUCGGAGUUUCUGCGGCUGCCAUGGCUGUCGGCUUAAUUUGCUUGAUUUCCGGAUCCCUCAUUUACAGAAAUAGCCCACCCCGUGGAAGUAUAUUCACACCAAUUGCGCAGGUUUUCGUAGCAGCAAUUUCAAAGAGAAAGCAAAUCUGCCCGUCAAAUUCGGAGAUGCUGCAUCGAAGCGAGAUGUUAGACCCUCAAAAUCCAUCUAGGACGAUAUCUAACAAUGUCACGCUAAUUCACACUGAAAAGUUCAGGUUCCUCGAUAAAGCCUGCAUCAAAACCGAAAACGGCGGGAAUGAGAUGAGGGAAAGUUCAUGGAGGCUGUGCAGUGUGUCACAAGUGGAGCAAGUUAAAAUACUUGUAUCUGUGGUGCCAAUAUUUGCUUGCACAAUCAUCUUCAACACCAUAUCGGCUCAGCUCCAAACAUUCUCGGUCCAACAGGGAACUUCCAUGAACACCAACCUCACUCCUAAUUUCCGAAUCCCACCUGCCUCUCUCCAGUCUAUACCCUACAUGAUGCUCAUCUUUGUGGUUCCCCUUUAUGAGACUGCUUUUGUACCUCUUGCCAGGCGAAUCACAGGAAAUGACUCGGGAAUCACCCCUCUCCAAAGAGUUGGGAUAGGCCUUUUCAUCGCCACUUUCUCUAUGGUUUCAGCUGCAAUCAUCGAGCACAAGAGGAGAAACUCCGCCUUGAAGUUGAAUGAAAGGCUUUCCAUCUUGUGGAUAGCUCCACAGUUUCUGAUAUUUGGGGUCUCGGAGAUGUUCACAGCAGUGGGGCUCAUCGAAUUCUUUUAUAAACAAUCAAUACAAGGGAUGCCGUCCUUCCUGACUGCCAUGACUUACUGUUCGUAUUCAUUUGGAUUUUAUCUGAGCUCCCUUUUGGUUUCUUUGGUGAACAAGGUUACUUCAAGCAGUUGGGGAGGUGGUUGGCUGAGUGAGAAUGACCUGAACAAGGAUAGGCUUGACCUGUUUUAUUGGUUGCUAGCUGCACUCAGCCUCAUCAACUUCUUCAAUUACCUUUUCUGGUCCAGGUGGUAUUCUUGCAAUCCAUCUGUAUUACCUACUCCACCACGCCUGCAGCCUUCUCAUGAAUUAGAGUUAGACGACAAACAAAAUUCCAUUACUACUACUACUGCUACUGCUGCUGCUUUAAACUAUAAUAGCAGAAACGUAAACUAGCUACUAAUUACAGCACUAGCUAGCGAGAGCAACGUACGUACGUACAUCACCACCUUUAGAAAUUAAUACUCUUGUUUUUGUUGUCUUGCUUUAUUAGUUACCAAUAGCCAUCGAAUGGAUGAGUG